AUAAAAACCCGUUCAAGCGUUUUUUUAAAAUCGGCCUAAACGUAACAUUGUCUACAGAUGACCCUUUGAUGUUUCAUUUUACCGAUGAACCUUUACUUGAAGAAUAUUCCAUAUGUGCCCAUACAUGGAAAUUAAGUACUGUCGAUUUAUGCGAAAUUGCAAGGGCAUCAGUUAUUCAAAGUGGAUACGAGCCAGCAUUUAAAAAACAUUGGUUAGGAGACGAGGAUGGAUUUUUUAAUUUUCAAAAUGACCCAAAUAAAACAAACUUAUCAAAUACAAGGAUGGUAUAUAGGAGAAAUACGUUAGAGGAGGAAAUAAAAAAUAUCGAACGACUAGCUAGCUAUUCAUCAAACGAUUAA